AUGGUCCUCCAAUUGUUCAUUCCUGAAGGCGAGGGACAACAUCCGCUCACGCGAAAACGACCCAGUGGCCUUCCUGCACAGCUUGACCUGAUAACAUCACCAUGGAGAAGUUCACUUGCUGCUGCUGGCCUCACCGGCUUCCUUGCGCUUGUCGGCCGCUCACAUCCAGGCACGUUCCUCCGUUCCACCGCCUUCUUCAGCAUCGUCGAUCUCUCAUGGACAUCUGCUGGAUUGUAUGGGCAACGGGAGAUAAAUAGAGGGGUGUUUAAAAUGGAAAACAUCACGCCGGAGCCUGGCAAGCUGUGGAAAAGGACUACGCAAUGGACUGCACAUGAUGCGACGCUGGCUGGUGGAGUAUUGGGUAUUGUGACGGCCUUGAACCCGCGCGCUUUCCCUGGAGCCUAUGGAAUUUCAAGGUUCAUUGGAGCAGCGACUGUCGGAUGCGCACUUGGAUACAAGGCCGGGCAAACCUUCAUAACUCGCAUCGACCCGCGACUUAUGAGCGUCAUUGAAACAUCCGAUAAGAUAACCCGGCGGAGAGCGUAUGAUAAGUUGCAGCGUGACGAAGAAGCGAAAGCUUCGCUAUCUUUCGUUGGCAGACUCGCGCUCAAGUAUCAUACAUCCCCAUAUGUACAGAUUCUGCAGAAUCCCCUAUAUUAUGCUGGGGCCAUGGGGAUGGUUGGUGUGUCUAGUGUACAGCAGCACGCGAAACCAUCGAGCCAAGCAUCCCGGGGGCCAGCGGUGAGCUCAUCGCUGCAAGCAGACGCGGCCAAGUUCACUCUCAUACAAAUAGAGUUCAAAGCAGACGAAUUUACAGGACCAGACAUGGAAGCAGGCUAUCGAGCAUACAAGGACAGUCCUCAGACGCGGGACGUAAACGCCAUUCAAGAAUGGCGGGAGAAGAUCAAGAGGCAUAGGGAACAAAUAAGAAAGGAAAUAGUCCUUUUGUGGAGGCGUCUUGGGUUGAGAGAGGACAUCUUCUACCUCCAGACCGAAGAAGACAGGGGUAUACGAUCCUCGGAUACCACGAAGCAGACGCGGAAAAGCAAUUGCGGCAGAUGCACCGAACAGACGAUGUUGAACCUUCCAGCACAGAAUCCGAAACACCGCAGCAGUCGGCAGUAG